AGGCAGGCCCAUCAACCUUUGACCUCUCAAACUAAGACCGUUCUCCCUUUUUCUCUGCACUGUACUGUACUGUACAUCGUCUACUAUAGUUGCUGCAUCUGUGAGAUGGCCUCUUUGGGAGAUAGAGGGGUCAGCUCAAGAAGGGCCCAGGAUGGGGAGGGACAAUUGCUGAGAGAGCUAGUCCGUUCUCUGAGAAGUGAUCUGAAUAUGCUCUCCAAUGAGGCCAAAAAAAAGCUACCAGCUGUCAAAGAAGCUGCUGAGAGAAGUGCUAUGAAGCUGAAGACCAUGUCAGAGGCAAAAGGAUUCUCUCUGAAAGUUCUUGCCGAGUCCGAUGAUGUGAUCCAUCCACUCCUGUUUGCGUGCGAGACCAAGAGCUUGACGUUGGUUAAGAUAGCCCUCUUCUCACUGCAGAGACUCAUUCAAAACAAGGCCGUACCUCGGAAAAGUGUCCAGUCGAUUGUGGCGACGCUGCGAGUAUUGAUGGUGUCAGGUGUCGAGGAGCUCAAGAUCUUGCAGACCAUACUCCUACUGGUCUCUGUCACUGAGGUCGUGCAAGGGAAAGACCUCACCAAGGUUCUGGAGCUGUGUUUCCAGCUGUACGGGUCGAAAGAAUCGAGUGUCCGCAAUACUGCAGGGGUGGCCAUUCGACAGAUCGUCUUCUCUCUAUUUGAGCGUCUGGACAAUCUCGUGGAGGAGGAGGGUGUGAGUGCAGUGGGUGGGGCUACCAAUCAGCUUCCGACACAAGCUAACGAUGCGUACCUCCUCUUUCAGGACAUAUGUUUCCUAACAAAUGGAGACCCCCCGGCUUGGUUGCCCGGGUCAGUGGACUUGGAACUGUCAUUGGGGUUAGAGCUACUGGAGGCCGUGCUAUCUGGACAUAGCAAGGUCUUUGUCAAGGAGAAAUUGUUCAACCAGCUGCUAACUGAGCGAGUAUGUCCCCUGGUCAUCAAGCUCUUCUCUCCGUCCAGCAAGUAUCGCCAUGCCAGCCCAUCCCCUGUCGCAGCUGCUCUCCUUGCUGCCGAUAAACCGACCUUUGCACUCUUUGUCCGCUUGCUUCGGAUAUUGAAUGUUCUCAUACGAGAGUUCUUCUCUUGUCUGGUGACCCAAUGUGAGAUCUUUCUAAGCAUGUUGGUACGGUUCUUGGACCCUGACAAGCCACAGUGGCAGCGGACCCUCGCUGUGGAGGUCCUCUUCUCAUUCUGUAAUGACCCGUACCUGCUCAAGUCUUUCUGUGAGCGUUAUGACAUGCAGGAGCACUCGUCACGCAUAUUUGGAGACAUCAUCGAUGCUCUGGGCAGCUGUAUUCAACACAGCUUCACCUCCCAACCUUUACCAGUACAGCUACCAUUUGGAAUUACGUCAUCAUCUUCAACGAGUGUUGCUAAUAAUAGUAACAGUGCUCUUCCAUCAGCCGGAGGCAUGAAUGUUAGCAGUGGCAGACAGCUGCACUUGUUUAGUAUCCGUGGCAACAAUAUUCAAGUGGAGGUGCUCCCAAAGUCAGCACACACCAAGCCUAUAUAUCUUGAGAUGUUGGACAAGUCUGAUGUCCCGCUGAUAGUAGAGGGGUAUCCCCUAGUGGUUGCCAUGAACGCACUGCUCUAUGCCAUCAAGAGUGUGUCCCUGGUCAUUUGUGACAGGAUCACAUCUCGGGCAACCACGCCCCCUCCCACAUCAAACGCUUCUGAUGGUGUGAAGAGCACCAUGCUAAAGUCCUCCUGGUCUGGAGUACUGGCUGCACUCGCUCUGCUACUAGACACUUGUGCUGAUGAGCAGACGACUAAUAAGAUACUGUCCGCAAAUACCACAUACAUCAACCUGUGUGGUCGUCUACAAAUGACCUCUCCCCGAGACGCCUUCCUCACCUCACUUUGCAAGGCUUCUCUUCCGCCCAAAUACCUCAUGAGUCUUAUCACUCAGCGAUCUAAACACCCCGAACCUAGAAAAUCAAAUUCUAAAACAGGACAAAGCAGCAGUUCUGAAACCAGUGUGACUGGUUCUCCCGAGAAUCGAGCUCCACCUUCGCAUAUUGCCGGGACAACUGUUGGAGGUCAAAGGUUAAUACAAGAGCCACCUAGGAGUGGUGAUUUUGGAGCGAGGCGAAAAUUGCAUUUAUCAGAGGGAUCUGGUGUUGGGCGUGGAGGUGGUGAGGGUGUGGGGAGUGAGACCAGUGGAGGGGGCGGCACUCCAACGAUGCCUGUUAGGAAUCUGGGCAGUGGGAACUCGGGAGUUAAAGAACAGCAGCAGUCAGGAUUGGUAUCGGUCAAGAAUCUCCAGUGCAUGAACAGUUUGCUAGAGAUAGUGGAUCUCUAUGGCAACGUGUUGGACACAGCCUGGCCGCUGUUACUCAAUGCUCUACAAUACAUAUUUGAGAUAUUUGGACUUCGACCUCUAGCCAGCGGAGGUUUCAAGCAGAGUGGCAUUGCGGACAAUUCUGCCCUGUCGCUGGUGAGUGUCGAGAAGAAGACUGACAUCUCUUCUCUGACAGAGAAACUGAACUCACUCUUCAAGUCAUCUCAGAAACUGAGAGACACCACGGUAACGAGCAUGAUAACCUCCCUCUGUCAUUUGUCUGACAAUGCCAUGGCCUCACCGAACCCCAGGGAGGUUGGAUUGUUCCCUGUGGCAGCCCUCCUAGAAAUGGGUGUGGCCAACACCCCUCAGCUUUCCCUCACCUGGACCCCCAUCACCACUCACAUUACAAAGGUGUGUUCUCAUGGUGAUCCCACGUUGAGGGUGUUUGCUGCUGAAGCACUGACCACUCUUAUCAGAUCAGCACUGGAGACAACCUCUAAGGAGGACAUCAAACUCAUGAUGCUGUCUCCACUCAAGUAUUUGACUAAAAUCCCCUUCCCUGAUGUCAGACAAAAACAACUGGAGUGUGUUGCACAGGUGCUUCAGUCUACGCAGCAAAGCCUUCAGUCCAGCUGGCCCAUCCUUCUGGAUGUCAUCAGAUCAGCCACUGACUUGCAAAGUGAAUCACUAGUCCGCACCGGGUUUUCAAGUCUCCAGCUGGUGAUGGCUGACUUCCUCCCUACCCUACCCCCCUCCUGUGUUCCUGUCUGCGUCGAGGUUGGAGGUCAGUACGGCUUGCAGAAAAUGGAUAUCAACAUCUCAUUGACAUCUGUGGGACUGCUGUGGAAUAUGGCGGACUAUCUCUAUCAGAACCGGUCCUCUCUUCAAACCUCACUAGAGGCUCUCCGUUUCGACACUGAUAAAACCAGGCAGACUGGUCAAGAGAACCAGACCCCCGUCUUGACGUUCUAUAAGACCCUGCAGAAUCCUUCACUACCUGUGUUUGAUUCUGUUUGGUUGAUGCUUUUCAAGUACAUGUCUGAGCUGUGUGUGGAUGAGCGAGCUGCCGUGCGUAAGAGUGCCUGUCAGACUCUAUUCUCCACUUUGUCGGCUCACGGCUCACUCUUACAGAGCACCACUUGGACAGAUGUUCUGUGGCAGGUGUUGUUCCCACUGUUGGAUGGUGUUACCCAGGCGACAUGGUCGGCUAGCACCAGCAGUUUCCAGACUGCCAUCAUGAUCCACCACAGUAGAGACUCCGAACAGAAACAGUGGGCGGAGACACAGGUUCUAGUGUUGACUGGGGCAGCCCGACUUUUCCAGUCCUGGUGGCCGGUCCUGGUGAGUCUCAGUGGAUUUGAGAAGGCAUGGACCACCUUUCUACUCUCUCUCAAGAACUGUGCCUGUAACUCUAGCAGUGAGGUUUCCAUAGCAGCUAUCAAGAGUUUCCACAUUGUAGUGGAUCCCCAGUCCACCACCUCUUCUGUUGCCGACCCAACACCCACUUCCACUACCGAACCACCCCCUGAUAAUGUAAGGGGCGGUCAGACAAAUGAAGAACAGUCGGCAAUUUGGACCAGAGCAUGGCAGGCCUGGGAGAGCGUUGGCAAGCAAAUGGUAUCUGAUAAAUUACCAGGGGUGGAGAAAUUCCGUUCAGCCAUCCAAACUCAGCAUCAAAAUGAGCGAAUGUUUCUCAACAGCUUACCUACACAAGCGUUUCUCAACCAUUUCUUAGAAGUGUUUCCACAUGUUUUCUCUCAUCUAAAACCGCAUUUCACUGAAGCUAAUCUUGAAAUGUUGUGUCAGAUACUCACCUCUGCCCUCUCAAUGCCGGCCACAAGAGAUGUCUCUCCUUUUCUUGUUCCAUCAAGCAACGAGAGUUUGAUGACGUCAGUUCAUAAGCUAGUUUUACGAUCGUUAGGGGCUGUCUUUACAGAAGAUGACAUUUUUGAGCCUCCAAAAGAACCAGUUGAGGGAUCGUUGCUCACUAAACGAAAAUCAGACCAAAUUGAUAUGACAAAAGCCAUCAAAUUGAACAGUGACUGUGAAUUGGCCCUUCUCUACCCACGUAUUUUAUCACAGUUGUUGGACUAUUUUUCUUACGCUACGAAACUCCCUGAUCUGAUUGCCGCUACGAGUGGCAUACCCCCAGUGAAAUUACCAGUGAUGGUUGUUAACAUGGUUCCAGUCAGUGUGGGUGCUCUGUGUUUGGCUGUGAAAUUGUACAGGGCAUGUGUGACAGAGAAGGUGCCACUACCGGACAACAUGUCAGAGAUGUUUCUAAAGGCCUUGCACAUGCCUCUCAAGCUGAAGCACAACUGUUUGUCUCCCGUUGUCUGGGUGCAGAGUUUGAAUGCCCUUCUGCUAAUUUUAGAGACUGCCCUACCAAGUGGUAACAAAGCGAACAGUCCGUUCUGGCUCCAGCUGGCAACAGUGCUCGAAGACUUCCUCUUCAAUGAAAGUGCUGAAGGUAUGAACCUGACUCCCGAAAAGAUUAGAGAAUGUGAAGCAAUGGAUAUCAAGGUUAUUGAGUUACUAAAGAGUAGGGUCCUUACGACCCCAGCAAAAGCCCCAAGGGAGUUUCUGGACCACUUUACGUCCAUUCUCAACAGAGGUUCCAUACACUCGGCGACUGACCAACUAGAUGGAGAAGGUGCUCACUGUGGUGUUGUGUUCAGAGAGCACUUUGCCAGGGUGUGUUUUGAGGCUCUCUUACAGUUUUCGUUCGUCAGCACCAAAGACAACCAAAUGGCUCCGGACUCUACUAAUCAGGGUGCCCUUAAGGCGUUGUUGGUGAGGAGUGAGGAGGUCCUGAGCAGGUUCGUCAACGAUGAGAGGCUCUCUGGGUCAUGUCCCCUACCGAGGACUCGAAUGAGCGAAGUUGCUUUAGUGUUAAAGUCAGUCACUAUUCUAAUUUCUACACUGAAAGAGGCUCGAAAGACAUCAACAAACAUUGACCACAGCAUUUGGAUUGGAGUUGCGAGGUUGUACCCUGCUCUGGUGCAGUGUGUGACGUGUCACUCUCAGGAAGUAAGGGCAGCGUUAAGAGAAGCACUUCAUCAAUUCACUGAUCUCAUCCAGGAACAAUCUUAAGAUCACCUGCAAGUUUGUUUUCUAUCUUGUGUUUUAUUAAAAGUUAAGGAUUAUAUCUGAUCAAUUUCUUUAAACUUUGUUCAGCAUAAUUAUUAUAAUUAUACCGUACAUGUAAAGUGAUUAAUACAUGUAAGAGUCAUGACCAUGCAAUUGUCUCUGGUAUGGUUGCUUAUAAUAUUCAUUGUGCUCAUG